AACAAAUUCCUCGUGACUCUCCAAACUCCAUUUCAUGCCAAUCACACUCUCUAAUUCAAUCGCACGCAAGCUUCAAAUUCCACCGAUCUACCAAUCACACCAUUUUUAUUUCAUUUCUAUGUCCAUUUUUUUACUAAUUUUCAAAUGAGAUUUUGUUUUUAUCUUUAGAUUGGAUUUCGUUGGUUACGAUGAUGAAGCAGCAGCGGAAGGCGAUUCUGGUGCAUCAGAAAUCGCAGUUGAAUUACAAUUCUAGUAAAUGGAAGAGAAAAGUGUUUGUUGUGUUGUUUUUAGGGUUUUGUUUUGGGAGCUUCGGUUUGAUGCAGUCUCAUUACUCCAGAAUUUUAUCGCUCUCGUCUUUGCACUCGCGCUUGCUUCAUAAUCCUAGGAGUGAUGAUAAUGAGAAUACUAAUAAUCAAGCUAAGAUUGCUUUUCUUUUUAUUGCGAGGAAUCGGCUUCCUCUUGAUAUGGUUUGGGACGCUUUUUUUAAGGGUGAAGAAGAAUCUAGAUUUUCUGUUUUUGUUCAUUCUAGGCCUGGAUUUCUGUUUAAUAAAGCAACGACGAGAUCUAAGUAUUUUUUAAAUCGACAAGUUAAUGAUAGCGUGCAGGUGGAUUGGGGAGAAGCAAGCAUGAUUGAGGCAGAGCGUGUGUUGCUGAAGCAUGCACUAGAGGAUUCGAAAAAUGAAAGAUUUGUUUUUCUAUCUGACAGCUGCAUACCGCUUUACGACUUUGGCUACACUUAUGAAUAUAUCAUGUCAACACCAACUAGUUUUGUGGACAGCUUUGCUGAUACAAAAGAGGGACGCUACAAUCCUAAAAUGGAUCCAAUAAUUCCUGUUCAUAACUGGAGGAAAGGAUCUCAGUGGGUUGUUCUGACCAGAAAGCAUGCAAAAGUUGUAGUGAACGACACUACGGUCUUUCCUAUAUUUCAACAGCAUUGCAAGAGGAGAUCGCUACCUGAAUUUUGGCGGGAUCAGCCCUUUCCUGCUGAUGGAAAGAAGGAGCACAAUUGUAUUCCUGAUGAACAUUACGUUCAGACGUUAUUUGCUCAGGAAGGCCUUGAAGGAGAAAUCACACGGAGGUCAUUGGCUCAUAGUUCAUGGGAUCAUUCGUCCUCAAAGGACCCAAAACGCCGAGGAUGGCACCCUGUUACCUAUAAAUCCUCUGAUGCUACUCCCGAGCUUAUAAAAUCUAUAAAGGACAUUGACAAUAUUCAUUAUGAGACUGAAAAUCGAAGAGAAUGGUGCAGCAGCAAAGGAAAACCAUCCAAAUGCUUUCUUUUUGCAAGAAAAUUCACCCGUCCUGCUGCAAUUCGUCUUCUUAAUAUGUCCGUGCUGGGUGCUAAUCAAAAGGCAGCAAAGAGUUCAUGAUUCCUAACAAUGGUGAAGUGACAUUCUUCUGUAGGUAUGGUGUUAGAUACAAAUGUUUAGUCUUAACCUAUACGGAUAAAUAAAGUGAAAAGUUUAGUAAAGAAAGCUGUAAAAUAGAGAGGAAAAGAAAAAUUGUUGAAAAAUAUUGAAUUAACGAUGUCUAAAUGUAAA